AUGGCCAACCUCGCACCAGGACUAGACCCUUCAGCCGCGCUGGGUGCCGCUCACCUGCUCAGCAGACCCGCCUCAGAGUUCGGCAAUGACCCCACCGUGGAAUCGCUGUGGGCCAUCAAGGCCGUAGAGCACAUGGAAGUAUACUUCAACCUCAUCAGCGCUGUCGAUCCAAAACUCCUCAAGUUGACCCCGCACGACGACGCGCUCUACAAGGACUUCAGAGCCCGAUUCCCAGCGCUGAACGUGAAGCUACUCGUCGAAGCCGAGCUGAAAAGCGAAGAUUCAAAGAAACAGUGGCGGGAAUUCUGCAUGAACUACGAGGGAGUCGUGGAAGACUAUAACUACGCCACCAUGGUCCGACUGGACAGCGAGAGCGACUACAGAGAAGACAACACGACCCUCGUGCCCCGCGUCCAGUUCUACGCCAUCGAGAUCGCGCGCAACCGGGAGGGACACAACGACGGCAUCAAGAACAAGUACGGCGCCACGAAACCGCAGGAAAGUUGAAGAACCCGCACCUGCUCACAGGAUGGACGUGCAACGACAGUUGAGUUUGUUUAUAAAGGACUUCUGCGCCGCGCAGCAACUCGACGAAGUAUUACCGAUCGAGAGCUUCAGUUUGGCGACUAAGAAGGGUACCAAGCAGCCGGCGGACUACCGAAUCUUUGUGGGAAAGCCGGCCCACCGGGUGCUGCGACCACGGCUAAAGCUGCUCGCAGACGAACUCCUCAAAGUCAGCGCCUCGUGGCCCGUGCCUGUCGCCAAGUGUCACUUCGAGACGUCAUCUCCCUACGUCGGAGUGCAUCUCCACCGCACAGCAGCCUUCCAAUCGUUAUUCGGGUCUAUCUUCGUGGAACAUACUAAAAAGACGCUGCAUGUUUGCAGACAAAA